AUGGGACUCCACUGGUUCCGCUUCUCCUUCUUCUUGCCCUUUCUUCUGUUUGCAGUCCCUGCACUAGGGCAGGCCUGGGUUGGGCAGGAUCUUCGUCUUCUUCUCGCCUUCAAGUCCUCCGCCGAUGCUCAGGGCGCUAGCCUGAGCAGCUGGGAGGGGACGAAUCCCUGCUCCGGCAGUUGGCGAGGAGUUAGAUGCCGCGCUGGGCGGGUCGCCGGCGUCGUCCUCGACGGCGCCUCCCUGGUCGGCGGCAUCUCUUCCCUUCUUCGGCUGCCACACCUCGAGCUCCUCAGUAUGAGGAGGAAUCUGCUCAGUGGAACAAUGGCCGCGCUGACUGCUCUCAGCAACGCUAGGCUUAAAUACCUCUUCCUCUCGCACAACCAGUUCAACGGGAGCCUGGAAAUCUCCCUCCCUGCCCUGGUUUCUCUGAGGCUGGAGGGCAAUGGGUUCUCCGGCGACCUGCGGGGUCUGCGGCUGCCGAACUUGCAGGACCUCAACGUGUCCGGGAACUCCCUCUCCGGCGAGAUCCCUAGUUACCUUUCCAGGUUUCCGGCGUCGGCUUUUGGCCUGAACCCGUCUCUCUGCGGGGAUCCUCUCCCCAGCUGCGCCACAACGUCACCCAUGCUCGUCACCCGAGCUACUCCUUCCCCAACUCCUUCCAUGGCCAGCGUCUGCAUCAGGAAGGCCUUGAACAAGCUUCGUGCCGUCGUCGUCUUCGCCGUCGGCGCCGGUGACGCGAUCAUCAUUUCAGUACUCCUGGCCAUAGUCGUCGGGAUGUACCUGUGGAUCUCCGGGAGAGGUGGCGCCGCCGCCGCCGCCAAUCGGCGAACUGUAGACACUUCCCGGCCACCGGAGACGGAGCGGGAGGUGUGGGCCGGUGACGGCCAGAAGAGGGACACCGGACUGGUCUGCUUCGAAGGAGGGGAAUAUCUCCGGCUGGAUUGUCUUCUCAAGGCUUCUGCGGAGGUCCUGGGGGAAGGAGACGCCGGCGGCACCUACAAGGCUGCCCUAGACGACGGCCUGAUCGUCGCCGUGAAGAGGCUCGACGUCUCCUGCUUCCCCGCCGGCAAGGCCUUCGACCAGCAGAUGCGCGUCAUCGGCAUGGUGAGGCACAGAAACCUGGUCAGCCUCAGAGCGUACUACAAUGCCCGCGAGGAGAAGCUUCUCGUCUACGACUACCUACCCAACGGCAGCCUCCACUCCCUGUUGCAGAACCGUAAGACUCAAAAUUCCUGCUGAUCUCCUUCGAUUAAUCUCCGCACAAAACUUUCUGACGAGAUCGCUUGCACUGAUCGGAGCUUCGCAGGAAGAGGAUACGCGAGGACUGGAGGUCCUCUGGACUGGAAUUCGAGGAAGAAGAUACUGAUCGGCGCAGCGCAGGGGCUCGAGUUCAUCCACAGCUUUCCCUCGCGAUCGCCGCUGGUUCACGCCAACUUCAAGCCAUCGAACGUCCUCAUCGACGGCGGAGGCGACGCCUGCGUCUCGGAUUGGGGUCUGAUGCAGAUCGCCAGGAGCUCCCGCCGGCGGCCGUCUCCUUCCCGGCAGCAGCUCUCCCUCUCACCAUUGCCGGAGACCGACGGUUCUCCGGCGACGGCGGCGGGAUGGCAGCGGUACAGAGCACCGGAGCUGAUGAGGGGGAAGCGGGCCACACAGGCGUCAGACGUCUACAGCUUCGGGAUGGUGAUGCUGGAGGUGGUGACGGACAAGGAGAUUGGUGACGGCGAGGCGGAGGAGGAGGUGAUGCGGAUGGUGAAGAUCGGGAUGAUGUGCACCAAGGAGAAUCCGGAAGAGCGGCCAGCGAUGAGCAGCGUCGUCCGGCUCAUCGGCGAUCUUCUGUAG